GCUUCCCAGCUAACAGCUACCCAGGUCAAACACAACAGGGACGUCGGUCCUUAGACUAGCCUGGAGGCGAAGGGCUUGAACCCCACUCGGAAGUUUCGAGGGCUGUUCCGAGGCCACCGGCCUCACCUUCCUCGCUCAGCAUGCAGUCGCUGAGGACAAGUUCCUUCAACAGCGACUCGUCAUGCAGCAGCUUGCCCAGGGCCCUGCAGGUGUCCACCGUCAGGCUCUGAGUGGCCAGGUCCAGUCGGCCCCGCGGAAGCUGGUGCAGUUGCUGCAGGACAGCCUCCUGGGGCUCAGCCCCACUCUCCUUGCACAGGCGGCUGUAGGAGCGCCGGAACUCCUCCAUGUUCCCGAACGCUGGCAGGGCCUUGCAAGCAUGCCCCUAAACACAGGCUGCGCGUAAGCUUGCUAGGCCGAUGACUGGGAGCCCCUUUCCCUAGAGGGUGUACACAGGGGCGCUGAGCUGAGCUGGCCCUAUAAGGGAAAGGCCUAGAAAUGUGGAACAGAGUGGAGGUCAGAAUGGCGAACGGCUCGAGGAAGGGGUUCGGUGAUAGGGAGAGACGGAGCGCGGAGCACACUGGCCUAGAAGAGCAGGAGCUGGUGAGCAGAGUACUGCACCUGCACUUCAGGGAUGGCAAGACGAAAGUCAGUGGGGACGCACUGAUGCUCAUGGCGGAGUUCCUGAAGAUCUUUGUGGUAGAAGCCGCUGUCCGUGGAGUGCAGCAGGCCCAGGCAGAGGACCUGGACAUCGUGGAUGUGGAUCAGCUGGAGAAGGUGCUCCCUCAGCUGCUCCUGGACUUCUAGGGGUUGGCCUGUGGCCACAAAGUCUAGGGCGAAGUCCCGUCAGCACCUACACCCAGUUCCCCAGAGAACGGGAGGACACCAGGAGCUGUUACCCCCCCAGCUGUCGCCUCUGGGGGUCCGUGUGAGACAGGUGCAGGGAAGGUGGGCAGCCUGCCCACAGCCACCCACCUCCACCACCCCCACUCAUUAUAAACAAAGGCUGGCGGUGUUGUCUUCUUGCCCCUCCUCCAUCAGAGCUGCCGUGUGGCUUUUAACCACCGGACCCCCACCCCCAGGAUGCCUCCCUGAGCUGUAAAUUUGUUCUUACAAAGCAACAUCAAUAAAUCAACACCAGCUCUCCGA